AGACAUUAUACCGUACUUCUGAGCUUGUUUCCAGCAAGGAAUGCAUAGCUUUGCUAGAGGCUGUUUGUAGAACACGCGUUAGGAGUUUGUGUGCGAAAAUGGCGAGGACGCAGCUACUCCGGCGCUUGCUGCCUUUCCCUGGGAGCCCUGGCGUGCUUUCGCAGUCAUGCAAUGCUGUUCCCUCCGGCAUUCAGCAGCAGCAUGCCUUCUUUAGCAGCAGCAAGGAGGAGGAGCAGCAGCGGCCUUGCAGCCUUGGUCAGAUGGCACCGACUGCGUCCCUAGUGCAGCUUGCGAACAUUGUCAACCGGCCAGUGCCCGCCUCAAUUGCUGGCUCGGCUGGCUUCGCAGCUUCGACUCUGCUGGGCAUGCCGAUGCGGAGACGCGCGGGCGCCCUGUCGAGCUUGAAGCGUCCGGCAAUGCCGAUGCUGCCCGGCAUGGGACCAGCAGCUCCGGCUCGCACUUACUACACGGAGGGCGAAAUCUUUGGCACGACCUUCAUGUACACGACCAACAUGAUGUUCUGGGCGGGCAUCGUAGGCGCUGUGGCCUUCAGGCGAAACCUAAUUAUUCUGCUGCUCAGCGCGGAGACGGUCAUGCUUGCCUGCAACAUGAACUUCCUGUUCUCAGCGGCUUACCUGAACGACAUCACGGGAGCCAUCAUGUCCAUUACCAUUACCACCAUCGCCGCUUGUGAGACGGCCAUCGGCCUCGCGCUCUGCGUGGCUUACUUCCACAUGCGCUCCGCCACUGACGUGGAGGCCCUGAACCUGCUGAAGUAAGCGCAGCAGGCUACUGAUCUACGACAGCACCGGCGAGCAUGGACGUGUGGGGGUUCGGCGGGUUUGGCGACAUGGACCAGCAUGCUGAAGUCCAGUCCUCCGGUACGUGACGCUACGCCCUUGGGUUCCGAGGAGGCAGUUAUCAUGACGACAAAUAGGCGCGGUGGCGGCGGGGUAAACGCUGAUUGGGUUCCCAGGCAACUGACGUGCCGGAUUCCCAAGGCGGGCAGGGUUGUAGUACGUUCAGGUUGGAGAAUCGUACUAGUGGAAUGGUUAGGAACUAAGCGUGCGCGGAGUCUUCUACAGCAUCACCUUCAUUGGCGGGAGGUGUGUGUGUGAUGUGUUUUAGUAAGACGCUACCAGCGAGCGGUCAGCGGAUUUCCCUUGAGGAGACAGUGGGGUCCCGUGAAGGGGGAUUCGGACUUCAUGUUCGAUGAAGGCUUCUAAGCCGCAUGACGCGUUUGUAAGGGUUG